UCUGGGCCUUUUCCUGGGCCUGAUCGUCACUCGAUGCCAGAGACGCGCACCGUCUCGUGAAAGUUGGACCUUAGUUCCUUUCGUGCACACCGUUCGCGUUCAUGCACACAUUUCGACCCUGAAUACUGGUUCAGUGUCGGGUUUCCGGACAGCUUAAGCUCUCCGCACAAUUGUUCUUUCACUUUACGUGUGAUACGACUGAUUAGACGAAAAGUGCAUCCUUUGGAUUGGUACAUGGAUUAUCAUUUAUUUCUAGGGCAAGUUUCAUCGCUACAACCAUGCGUCUACGAAUUCUUAGUUUAAUGUUCAUCACGAGUGUGCUAGUCGUGAAGGAGGUUUCAAGUCAUGGAAGAUUGAUAGAACCACCAUCGAGGGCCUCCAUGUGGAGGUACGGCUUCGAUACUCCGCCUGAUUACAACGACCAUGAAUGUUAUUGCGGAGGUUUUACCAGGCAAUGGCAACGGAAUAAAGGAAAAUGCGGAAUCUGUGGGGAUGCUUGGGACACACCGACGCCACGACAGCACGAGACAGGCGGCAAAUAUGGUAACGGUGUUAUAGUAAGAAAAUAUCGAACCGGAUCAGUGAUACCGGUGCACGUGGAGUUGACAGCGAAUCAUCACGGUUAUUUCGAAUUUCGUACCUGUUCGAUGACCUACAAAGACAAAGAAGUCGAUCAAGAAUGUUUGGACCAGCAUUUACUUCACAUGGAAAAUGGAACGGCCAGAUAUUAUCCUGGACCAGGGAACAAGGUUUUCGAGGCUUUUUACAAAUUACCGGAUGACCUGACUUGCGCCCAAUGCGUUUUCCAAUGGAAAUACGUGGCUGGGAAUAAUUGGGGCGAUUGCGGAAACGGGACAGGAGCCGUAGGUUGUGGUCCUCAAGAAGAAUUUCGUGCUUGUGCAGACAUCACGAUAGGAGACGAUGUAGAACCUUUGCCGCCAAGACCACCGGUAGAAACACCAGCGAAAGCUCCUGGAGAAAAGACGCCGACAGAACCAACUUGGGUGCCCGAAUCGAGUGGUCCUUAUUGGUUAUUCAGUAUUGUUAUCGCUGGUACGUGCCUGUUGGUUGUGCUGGCGGCUAUGGCAUUGCUUUACUCGUAUUACUAUCACGCUGGCAGAGCCAAAAAGUGGCUUAUGGCGAGGCGAUUGUUGGCACCUGAAAGCCCACCUGUCGCUCCACCCAGACAUAGAAAACACAACACGUCCAAUGCACAAUUGCAGCUGUAGACGAAAAUUUGGUAUUUAACGUAGGGUGACCAAAAUGCAUAAAAAAGAAAAGAUUAUGUAAUUUUAUAAUAACCUUUCUACAAUUUCACUGUGUAUUUUUAUUUAUGAAAAACAAAAUAUAUAAAAGGUCACCCUGAUUUAUUGUUAUGACUUUCUCAAAGUGAAAUUUUCUAUUUAAAAUAUUUUAGAUCAAUUCAGACUUUUUACUACACCGUGUGUUUUGUGUACAUGAGAGAAAUAUCUUGUAACAUUGUGAUGUAUGUAUGACAGCAAAAGUAGUCUUUGUUUACUUUUAGAAUAAAGAGCGUUCACGUUUGCUACACACGCGUACACAUCGUAUCGUUCUGUGUAUAUAUAAACUGUUUUACCAUUAAACGUAUUUAUUUUUUAUAAACACGUGGUUCCUGGCUUAUCCAUCGUAGUUUAAAUGAUAAUAAUCUUGUAAAUAUAUAUACAAGCAACUGAAUGAAACUAUGUGAUGGAGAGAAUUUUCUAACAGAUUGUGCUUCAAGUACAUGUAAGAAAUUUUUGUUUAACGUUGUUAUUUUUAUGCUAUACACCUUGGAGAACUCUGCUUUGAAAUAAAUAAGGUUUUAAAAAAUUCA